AUGCCGUCUGAGCUGCCCGGAGGUGACCGCGGAGAUUUUGAGCCUCGUAAUGUUGGGCUUUCUUUCAUUCGGGAGGGCCGUGCUCCCUACGACCACAUCAACUCGUACGACCACACCAGCCCCUACAACCACAUCAACGCCUACAUCAACAUCAACGCCUACAUCAACAUCAACAUCAACAUCUACAUCCACAUCCACAUCCACAUCAACAUCAACAUCAACGCCCACAUCAACGCCCACAUCAACGCCUACAUCGACGUCUACAUCAACGCCUACAUCGACGUCUACAUCAACGCCUACAUCAACGCCUACAUCAACAACUACAUCCCAAUCCCCAUCCACAUCAACGACAUCACCUACCACUUCACUAGGAACGACGACUCUAGCAACUAUUACGAUUUACCACCGACCAAAACAGUCCCUCCAUUGAGUACUACCACCUCUACGCAGAGCUCUGGCAGUACUACCACGCUAUCUAUCUCUGUGUGCUCUAGUCUUGUCAGCAACCCAUCCUACACGCCUUCUGCCGCGUUGCCAGAUGACUAUACCUGGGGCUGCGCACCCGGGUAUCUUUGCAAGCCAAGUCAUGUAGGCGAUCGCUCGGGAUGCAACGUAGAAGCAGGUCUUCCUGACCCCGGAUAUGUCUGCAUCCCCUCAGACUGCAUUGUGGCUCCACCUGUGGACCUCCAUCCAUCUUGGCAGUACAAUGUCUCGAACAAUUAUUACAAUCUCAAUCCGGAAGACUUUGGUCUCGAUUACUCCAUCUUCCAUCCCUUGGAAGAUUCGGUUGCAGCCAAUAGUAAACGCUACAUGUCCUCAUGGGACUUUGAUGUUGCCCAAAAAGCAAAACGAAUUGACAUUUCAGAUAUCCCCUAUGUAUGUUACAAUGAUUGUAAUCUUGCUGCACGAGAGCCAGAAUUGCUCGGAAAGACACCUGGGAUUUGCAAGAGUGACUCGGCAUUCAUGGAAAAUGUGGCUAUUUGUAAGGAGUGCAUCACCCACAACCGCGAAUCUGGCUCUGAUGUAUAUACAUCCAAAAUGAUGCCAUCAUUUGCUCAGUGGCUGAAUUAUUGCUCCGAUAAGGUCACUUCCACAACACAUGAAAGUGCCACUGCCACUGAAACGAAAACUACGGCGACAAGCACCCAGACCGAUGAAACCACUACUACAAGCACCGAAGCAACGACAGCAGCCACAAUAACAAAAACCCAAGCUACUCGCACCAAGGCUACCAGCGCAGAAGAGACGAGCACUGGGCCCACAAUUACCGAGCCCAAGAGCACCCGUUCUCCUGAGAAGAGCACCCAGUCUACUGAGAAGAGCACCCAAUCUACCGAAGAGAGCACUCAAUCUGCUGAAAAGAGCACUCAAUCUACUGAAAAGAGCACUCAAUCUACUGAAAAGAGCACUCAAUCUACUGAAAAGAGCACUCAAUAUACUGAAAAGAGCACUCAAUAUACUGAAAAGAGCACUCAAUAUACUGAAAAGAGCACUGCUAUCACUGAGACAAAUGAAACGUCUGAUUCGGCAGAGAUAACUCCGUCUGUCACUUCUAUCACCACGCCAACUUCCCGCUCAGUUGUGCCAACUUCGGCGUCUGGUUUCAUUGUGACAACUUCUUCCGCUGAAUCUGUUGUUCAAACCUCAACGUCGAACUCACUGAUGAAAAGCUCAGUGGGUGGGUCGAUUAUGACUACUUCGGUAUCUGGCUCGCUUAUCACAACAUCCUUGCCCGAUUCGAUUGACACUGCGUCAAGCACUCUGGGCGUAGGCUCAGGGAAUGGAAGCACAUCCGACAACGCUUCAGAUAGUACAUCGAGGUCGGGUCACGGAAGUCAGACUGCUUCAGCAACUGCUUCCUCGGUUUCACCGUCCUAUAACGCGGCACGAUCUAGAGAUAUCUCUCAUCUUGGCUUAAUGGGUCUGUUUUGGGCUGCUUUCGCACCACUCCUUUAG